GCUGUCGGUUAUGUGAUGCUAUUUUUGCUUCUUUUGCUUCCCCGAUCUUUAACGAUCGGAUGAUUUGAUUUACUGGAAUUUCUACUGUUUUAGUUAUCAUUUUAAAAAGAUUUCGACACUCAUGUGUCAUGGGCUCUUUUAACGCGAGACAUUUCAAUUGCUGAGUGUAAAUUACAUUAAAAAAACAUCACCUUUUACUACUACCUAUUGUUUAUUGUAAUUCAUCUCAACCGCUACUACAUUAUUCAGCUUCUUCCGAUUUCGUCGCAGACUCGCCCGCGGCUGCUGUAUUCCUUUGCGCAAGGUACAGCUCCAGCAGCUUCUCCGUCGCGCUCUGUUCUUCCAGCUUAAGCUCCGACAGCUCUUUGCACGGGAAGUCGGUCACGUUUGCCGACGGAUGGCGAUGGGUGAACGGCGUCCAGGCACCCUGCACACUCGGCACGUCCGUGUGCCAGUGUUUACGUAAGCGCAUCUCCUCGGCCCGCCCGUUCGACUGUUUCAGCACCUGGAUCCAUUUCGAGAUCUCUUCCCGGCUGUUGUUGCGGCAGUUGAUCCACGUGCGCUCGCCGUUCAGGAACUCAGCCGACAUGACGGCGGUCCGGUGCCGGCGGGGCUUCACGUACACCACGACGCCCGGAUUGGCACGGCUGAAGUCGACCAGCUCUUGCUCGAGGAACUCGCGCAUCCCUUUGCUGGAGCCGCUGGUUUUGCAGUACUUCAGGGUGAUGCGCUGCAGCUGGCAAACGUACCGGCCGAUGCCAUUCUGCAGCGGGGCACGCGGAAAGCCCGAUUUAAGAAACAGAUGCGAGUUGGACAUUCUUUUGCAGCGAGAUAAAAGUAGCACACGACCGGCACCGAGCAACCACACCGCGCUAGGGAACGAAAACAAACCGUGCCGAUUAGAACUGUCAAACUUGCUGUCAGCUGAUUUGACAGCUGGGCGUAGGAUUGUUUACAGCAGGCGGAAAACAAUUCAAUUUCCACGCCGCAACACGAUGGAGAGCACGAAAUCUGAACCGCACAGAGUGUUGGAACUUUUCAGUGGUAUUGGCGGAAUGCGAAUGGCAUUGGAGCAAGCUGGGAAAGAGUUUGAAAUCGUCUCCGCCAUCGACGUGAAUCCCAUCGCAAACGAAGUUUACAAGCACAAUUUCGGCGCAAAAACGGUCCGCAAUGGAAAUAUACUGAGCCUAACGGCGGAGAAAGUAACCAAACUAAAGGUCGAUACGAUCCUGAUGUCGCCGCCCUGUCAGCCCUUCACGAGGAACGGAAAGUUUAACGAUAUCAACGAUCGAAGGAGCGACCCAUUUCUGCACAUUUGCGAGCUGCUGGAUAAGAUGCCGCUGGUAAAGUUCAUACUGAUGGAAAACGUGAAAGGGUUUGAAAAUUCACAAGCCUGUGAGAUGUACAAAGCGCGCCUGCGGGAGGCAGGUUUUCACUAUCAGCAGUACAUACUAUCGCCGCACCAGUUUGGCGUGCCCAACACUCGCCACCGGUACUACUGUAUCGCAAAACGCCAUGGAGCGGAUUUUAAAUGGAAGAGUGAAGAAAUUAUUACCACACCGCAAACAGGCUACGGUGCAAAGCAAACGUUGGUUGGAACGAUUGUGGACACGCAGCAAGACGCAUUGGAAUCGUAUGGGUUGAAAAGUGCUACAUUACUAAAGCAUCUUCCACUGAUGGAUGUAUGCACGCCGGAAUCCACCAACUCGAUGUGCUUUACGAAAGCGUACACGCAUUACGCGGAAGGUACGGGUUCGGUGUACUGUCCUCUUUCUAGGCAGGAGUUCGACAAGACCUAUGCCCUUGCGAUGGGUGCCGAGGAGGACGAGGAUCGAAAGCUUGCUUUGCUGCGGGAACUGCGCGUGCGAUACUUUACCCCGAAAGAAGUGGCGCGAUUGAUGAGCUUUCCAGAGCAUUUUAGCUUCCCAGAGACGGUCACGAACAAGCAACGUUAUCGUGUGCUGGGUAAUAGCAUAAACGUGUUUGUCGUCAGUGUGCUACUACACGAGCUGUAAAUAAAUACGUUGAAUUUGGUGCACAAAA